AACUUAAGAAACAAUCCGUUUUGAUCCGCUUUUUCCGUUUUUAUUGUGAGCCGUUCGAAAAGAAACAACGCGGAAAACAAUGCCAAACAGUUAAUAAUUGAAAAUUGAAUUAAGUCGGCAGUGGCAACAACAAAUGAGAUUGAUCAACGCCAACCUGUAGUCUCUACUGUCAAGUGUCAUCUUUGGAUUAGGAACCCUAGUGCCUUUAACGUUACAGCGCUAACCGAUUUCCGAGUCUCAUAAAGUUCUUAGGUGGGGUUGGUACACGUGCUAUAAGACAGGGGGAUUACGAGCCAACAACUAUUUAUAAGCAAGGGUCUCCCGCACACUUCAGUCAUGCCCAGGGCCUUUCUCUUUACACACCGGCGAUACCCUACAGAGGAGCAAGAUGUCAAUGAUGCCACUGAAGAAGAUGAGAGUAAUUAUAAACUUGACUUCCAACAGCCUGUUGAUGAAUUAUACAACUUGACUCAGCUUGCAGAAGUCAGUAUAGCUGCUGGGCAAAUAGGAUCAACAUCUUUUUACCAAAGAGAAAAGGAUGAAAGCAGAGAAUACUAUACAUGUAGAGAGUGUGGUAAGAGAUACACAACUUCGAGUAACCUUGCCAGGCACAGGCAAGUUCAUAGAUCGUUGACAGACAAAAAAGCUCGUAGCUGUCCACACUGUGGGAAGCUUUAUGUUUCAGUACCUGCUUUUAGUAUGCACAUUAGAACACACAGUCAAGCCUGCACAUGCCAUAUAUGUGGCAAAGGUUUCUCUCGUCCUUGGCUUCUUCAAGGGCAUAUUAGAACUCAUACAGGAGAAAAACCCUUCAAGUGUUCUGUCUGCAAUAAAGCUUUCGCUGACAGGUCGAACCUACGAGCCCACGUUCAAACGCAUUCGAACAAAAAACCACACAUCUGUCCUCGCUGCGGCAAAGCAUUCGCUCUUAAGUCUUACCUCUGCAAACACGAAGAGUCGUCAUGCAUGAGAAAUUCACAAGACAACAAGUGCCGCAUAACUUUCACCCCACAAUUAUUCAACUUGGCCAUCAGUGUCUGAUUUCAAAUUUGUAUAUAAUAAACUGUGCCAAUGGAAAUUAAGAUUCUAGUCAAAAAUCUAUUAAAAACCAAAGCAAAAUUUGAUCUGCGUUUUUCAACAGACAUUAAAUGUUUUUUAACUCUUAAAAAUUUAUUAAAACAUUGAAAGGGGACCAUAAAUGAAUUUAAUAAAAUUGGUUUAUUUAAAUUGUGUUUAUAUUAUUUUAUUUAAUCAAUUAUUUAUUCUUUAUUUGAUACUAUAAAGUGGAAGAGUGCCACAUCUAGUCUUUAGUUAUUUUUUAUGUGAUUUGAUUUCGUCACUGAAAAAUAUACUAUUCGAUUGAAACAGUUCAAAUUGUUAUACUUUCAUGUAAGACACAGUAUAACAUAAUACAUAUCUGGCAAAAUGAAACAGAAAAAGAGUUACUAGUUCAUUUGAAUAUUAAGGUCAGUUCUAUUAUAAUUUACUUAUUGACAAUUACCAAAUUAAGUAGAACAACUACAAAACUGUAGGAUUGUAACAUUUAAUUGUAAGAUAGUGUAGUUCUUAUUUUUUAUAGUGUUAUUUUUUGUAUACUGUUUAGUUCAACUCACCUCUCAAACAGUAGUGUUCAAAUUUCAUAAUUUAUAUUCAAAAUUCUAUCAGAGAAAAUUUAAUACUAAGCUAUCAGGACUGUAUAUUAAUUUUUUUUGUCAUGUAUAUAGUUAGUUUUUAAAUUGUGAACAACAUGGAGAGUGGCACUAGUCAAUCUUUUUUAAUCUCACUUUUUUAGUAAAGCGAUUUAUAAGAGAAAAUAUCCUUCCUUCCUAAAAGUAAAAUGUUCCUUUUUGUAAGUUGUUCUACGCAGAAUGGUACGAUAAGAUAUUUUGAUAAAAUUUUAUAUAUUGGAAUAAAUAUUGUAAAAACGGUUUGAAUUAUUUUCUUUUUCUUAUCCUCUAUAACGCAUCAUUUACUUCACAUUAAAAUGAUAAUAAAUGAUAAUAAAAUCCUAGUAUAAUAAACCACCAAUUGAGCAACAAUGAGUUAUGUUAAUAAUAAAUAUUCUAUAAUUAUAUUUCACAGGG